CUAUUCUACUACAAUUUUCUAGUAAACCCCAGAUCCCUUUUCCCCUUUUCUGCAAAAAAAUAAAAAAAAGAUCUCUUUUUUAAGCUAAAUUCUGCUUCAAAUUUUUAUUUUUCAGAUUUUUUCCAUGAAAGAAAUUGAUUUUAGAUAUGGGUUUCUCUUUUUCUUGAUGUUUUUAUCAAGUAAUUGGGUUAUUGGAGCUAUCAAAUCUCAAUCAACUGAAGAAGCAUAUGUUACCCUUUUAUAUGGAGACGAGUUCUUGCUUGGUGUUAGAGUUCUUGGAAAGUCAAUUAGGGAUACUGGGUCUACUAAAGAUAUGGUUGUUUUGGUCUCCGAUGGGGUUUCUCAAUAUGCUAAUGAUCUACUAAGAGCUGAUGGUUGGAUUGUGGAAAAGAUUAGUUUACUGUCGAACCCAAAUCAAGUGAGGCCGAAGAGGUUUUGGGGUGUUUACACAAAGCUAAAAGUAUUUAACAUGACCAAGUACAAGAAAGUGGUAUAUCUUGAUGCUGAUACUAUCGUAGUUAAGAGCAUUGAAGAUCUAUUUAAGUGUGGGAAGUUUUGUGCAAAUUUGAAACAUUCCGAGAGACUAAAUUCCGGAGUAAUGGUGAUUGAGCCAUCGGAUGAGGUUUUUAAGGAUAUGAUGAGCAAGGUGACCACUUUGCCUUCUUACACUGGAGGUGAUCAAGGUUUUCUGAACUCCUACUAUGCUGGGUUUGCUAAUGCGCGUGUUUAUGAACCAAAUCAGCCUUUAGAUGUCCUAAAUUCUAGAAAGGUCCCUGAAAUGGAGAGACUUUCUACUCUUUACAAUGCGGAUGUUGGCCUUUACAUGCUUGCUAACAAGUGGAUGGUUGAUGAGAAAGAACUCCGAGUUAUUCAUUACACACUGGGACCACUUAAACCAUGGGAUUGGUGGACAUCUUGGCUGUUAAAACCUGUUGACAUAUGGCAGAAUGUUAGGGUACGUCUUCAAGAAUCUGUACCUGGAACUGGAGGGGGUAAAAAUCCUAGAGAUGAACUUCUUGUCAAAUUUCUGUUUCUGGUUCCAUUGCUUCUGAUGGUAUUUUCUUACUAUAAGUCAUGUUUACAGACACGAUCGCUAUUUGACCACAUUAGACAGCUGUACUACAAGAUCAGAGCUGGAGGUGUCCUAGCUUAUUCUUCUGUUCCUUCAUCCACCAUUCUUUCAGAUCAGCAGCCGAAGGUGCCUGCUUUUCUGGGUGGGAUAUCUGUAUGUGUAUGUUUUGCUGCUGUUCUGGUGUCUCUUGGGCUUUCACUUGUAAUUAUCCCCCGCCAAGUAAUGCCGUGGACUGGUCUUCUCCUGAUGUACGAGUGGACGUUUACACUUCUCUUCCUUCAGUUUGGAAGUUAUUUGUACUUGGUUUAUCAAUGGGGAAAAGCUGUGGCAAAUCAAGCUGCACAAUUUCGGGCAGAUUCUACAUCUUUGGACCAUGAAUCUGGAAAAGGUCAUCAGCGGCAGCAAUCAUGUUGUGACAUUGCUGCGUGCUACUAUGGGUUAGGGAUGGCAUUUCUCGCAAUUUUAGCCCCCGCAUUGCCUAGUAUUUUCGGAAUCACUGCUUUGUUUUUGAGGUUAGGUUUGAUGGUCGUUGGAGGCCUUGUUUUGGCGUCGUUCAUGACAUAUGCUGCGGAGCAUCUAUCAAUAAGAUCGUUUACGAGGGGAUUUGAAGAAAAAGAUAUGCACAGGAGUAGAAGUAUAUGUUUCUUGUGCUGAUUGUGGCAUAUUCAGGUAUCAGCCACAACUAAUUCAAGCUCUUUUUCUUGCAUUGGCAAUUCUUUUUGACACUAAUGUGUAGAAUAUGUUAGUUUUUUUCUUCUUCUGGAUUUCACAGUUUCUUAUUUUAGAAAGAUUGAGUGUAAUUCUUUGUAAAGUGUAUGUAUAUGAUUGUUAAAAUCUAACUAAUGUUAGAA